AUGUUUCAGGGCCCGGUAAACACUACACGGAGGAGCAGGGUUGGAGUCAAAGCUCCAGGUAUAGUUCCUAGAAUCAGCGUCCGUGAACCUAUGCUGAGCGGCAUUAAAGCUGUUGACAGCUUGGUACCUAUUGGAAGAGGCCAGCGUGAGCUGAUCAUUGGUGAUCGACAAACAGGAAAAACUGCUAUAGCCAUCGAUACCAUCAUCAACCAGCACGGUAUUAACGAAGGCAAAGACGAAAAGAAGAAACUCUAUUGCAUAUACGUAGCCAUUGAUGCUCUGAAAUACACCAUUAUUGUCAGCGCAACAGCGUCAGAUGCCGCCCCUUUGCAGUACUUGGCCCCCUAUUCUGGUUGUGCUAUGGGUGAAUAUUUCAGGGACAACGGAAAGCACGCCCUCAUUAUUUACGACGAUUUGUCGAAACAGGCGGUAGCCUAUCGGCAGAUGUCUUUGCUUUUGCGGCGCCCCCCGGGUCGUGAAGCCUUCCCUGGGGAUGUGUUUUACUUGCACAGUCGACUUUUGGAACGUGCGGCUAAGUUAAACGACACUCAUGGAGGUGGUUCCUUAACGGCGCUACCUAUCAUUGAGACACAGGCCGGCGACGUGUCAGCGUACAUUCCAACCAAUGUCAUUAGUAUUACGGAUGGCCAGAUAUUUUUGGAAACUGAAUUGUUUUACAAGGGCAUUCGGCCUGCGAUUAACGUCGGUCUUUCUGUAAGCAGAGUGGGCAGCGCUGCUCAAACGAAGGCCAUGAAACAGGUGGCCGGCAGUAUGAAACUCGAGUUGGCGCAGUACCGUGAGGUAGCUGCGUUUGCGCAGUUCGGAUCUGAUUUGGACGCGUCUACGCAACAGUUACUGAAUCGAGGUGUCCGUCUUACAGAGUUAUUGAAGCAGGGUCAAUAUGUGCCGAUGCCAAUUGAGGAACAAAUCAUUGUGAUUUACGCCGGAGUGAGAGGCUAUUUAGACAAGUUGGACCCUAGUAAAAUUACUACUUUCGAACAGGUGACAUUCCCGUUAACUUUUCAGGUGUUCGUUUUGUGA